AUGAAGAAAUACUCAUUAGCGGCCACCCAUGUUCCUGUUCCGUUGGUUUAUGUUCAAGGAGUGGAUGAUUCCAUCCGACCAAUUCAGCACGAAACAAAAUCUGAAUUAAACGAAACUUCACUUAAAAUUGACAUUGAGAGAAAGUUGCCAGAUAUAACCAAUGGCUGCAUGACACGUACAGUCUCUGUACUAGAAGCGGGCAAUUUACGUGAGCAUAUGUGGUGGAAGGACACUAACAUUAAUAGCAGGCCAUGGUUUAAUGUGAAAUAUGUCGAUGGAAGAUGCACAGUUGGGGUUAGUGGAUCUCCUUCUAUCCUAAGUCCGUACAGGAAAUGGCACAAGGGAGAAUUAUUGCCAUUGCAUUGGAUGGAUAAAUACUAUGACCACAUAUGCACAGUAUUCAUAUCUUUCUAUGAAUUAAAAAACGGCGAAUCUGAUUUUUUGCUUGUUAAUGAAGUUAAUCGAAUCAAACUAAGUUUCUCCAAUACAAUGAUCAAAUAUGUCUGUAUUUUAGUUAACCCGGGGAACGGGAAUACAUCACACCUUCAGGAUGUUAUUAGUAGGAUCCACAUGAGUGGUAACUCAUUGUUUGUCUUGAACGGUGGUGAUAAUGAAGCGAGAAAACGUGAACAGACAACUUUCAUCAAGAAAUUACUUGUUGGAUUACGACAGUAUUCAAAUGAUUUUUUUGAUUUACAGAUCCAAAAGUUGAAAAAGAGAGAAAUCAAAGAUACUUGUUAUUCACAGGAGAUGUUUUCAACAAGAAAUUUGAUUAAACUGGUGAUGUUUGAGCAAUUUAAAGGUGGGUCUGAUAGCACCACCAAAAUGCUGGAAUACGCAUAUGAUCGGCUGCUCUCCUUAGAUAAGCAGCUGUCUUCCAACAAGGAAGAGAUAUAUCAAUGGCUAGAUAUCUUAUGUCUGCAUAUAGUUCGGUCGACUAUAUUGAUAGAUGCAAAUGUUGCAUUUCGAAAAUUUAUGUUUCACAUUAGUACGAUACCAGACCGAAAGGAGGUUAACAACGAUUGGUUUGCAUUCCAAUAUUUAUGGCUGGGAAACUUGCUCAAAUCUGUCAGUGAUCCUUCACUCAUUCCUAUAAAUACGAUGUUGUACCCUUCUAAAACUGACGGUUUGGUCAAUAGUAGAUGUAUGCCAAAUCCAGGAUUUAUAUUCUUACAAGCUGCACUGUUCAAGAAAAGGGGAGAGAUUGGUGAUGGCUCUGAAGUGAUCUCGUUACUUACUAGCUCUAUUGAUGCAUUUGAAAACUCGUCUAACUUCAGGAGAGUAGAAUCCUUUAUUUAUAUGCUACUGGGUGAAGUAUAUUUCAGAAUGGAAAACUAUAGCAUGGCGUUGAACAAUUACUUGGUUGCUCUACCGGUUUACCAGCGAGACAAAUGGCUGAAGAUCAUUUGUGUAUUACUGAGGAAUGUAUGUCAAUGUUUCAUUGGCUUAGGGAGAACGAAAGAAGCAUCUCAGAGCUAUAUUGAAUUGUGUACGUAUGAGAGAGACGGUGAAUAUUUACAGGCUCUAAAGGGGAAGAUCGAUGGUUUGGAAUUGGUAGAUACCAAUGAAAUUGGACUACUUGAUGUCAAAGGAUUAUUUGGCAUUCAAGUUGGUGUUAAGAAGUUCGAAAACAUGAUAAACGAUGGGAUUGAUCUUCAAUUGAGAAUAACUUCCAAUUCUAAAGUUAUGGCUGAGAUAACAAUAGACCAAAUCAGGCUAGAUCUUGGAUGCAGGGAAUUCUUGAUAGCUAAUGAUCCAUUGCUGAAAAAGGGGUAUUUACAGAUAGUAAAUGAGGACGGGAAGGCCAAUUUAGAUUUCGAUCAUGAGUUGUGCAAAGUGUUGCAGGUUCAUCUAUAUCCGAAAAAGGUUGGAGUUUUUCGUGUUGUAGAGGUUGAGCUAUUGGGACACUUCAACGAUUUGAAGUUUCAAACAAGAAUUCAAAUCACGCCCACUAUUGAAAGGUAUUUCACAUGGUACUCUGAAGAUUGCAAACAUCAACCGAUCAAAAUACACUACCCGUCGAAUUCAUUCAAAAUUGAGCCACGCAUUCCAGAAAUAAAAUCAUCUCUCAAGUACGAUUCCGUUGGGUUUAUUGGUCGUCAGUUCCCGAUCACCGUUCAUUUCCUUAACGCUGACAAAGAGCCUGAUGUAGUUAUAGCAAGUGUUGCCGGUACCGCUAGCAUUGCAGAUAAAGAGAUUGAGGUAGUCUCGAAUACUAAGCUUGAGUUAUCACCUAAUGAUGAAGGCACAAUAAUUGCUACAUUUGACAUCCCACAGAAUUCAGACAUUUUAGCACCAUGUAUAGUUGAAUUAAUGUUUGAGUAUGAGGUCAAAGAGGUCGUUGUUGCCGUAAGAAAAAAAAUCAGGAUAGCUGUUGCAGACGUGUUUUCAUGGCAGACUGAAUUGCGGCCUGUUGUUUAUCCAUUUCCCGAUUUGUUUAAAAUUGACGCUGAGAAUCCUGGUACUUUGCCGAUGCAUACUAGAAGGUGGCAAUUCCGAUUACACUUGAAAGAUAUGGCGGAUACAAUGGAGAUUGAGGAAAUGAGUUUUGACAUCAGGGGUCCAACUGGAGUGAGUUUGACGUUAAACAGUGAAAAUCUACAGGGUAUGCUAAAGAACGGCGAAACACAAAUAAUACCUGUUCAGCUCGAUGUGAGGAUUAUUGAAAGAAGUGCACGUACUAUACCGAUAGAUAUGAAAUGCCAUGUGAAAUAUGCGGUCUCGGGUCUCACUUACGACUAUGUGGUUGAUAUGUACAAGGCCAAUUUACCACAUGUUGAUCCUCGUGUUUUGGUUUAUAUUCUACAGGAGAGGAAAGAUGGGGAAGUUGAAGAAGUGGAUGUUGUUUACUUGCUUGAAAAUCCAACAGACAAGAUAUUCAGGUACCAAACGAACAUGAAUCCAUUAGCUGGUGUUGAAAUUGUAGACUAUGUGAAAACCAGCCGGAUAAAUCUAUUACCGUUUCAGCAGUUGCCAUUGAAGUUUACGUAUAAAACAAGGGGUAAAUUAUUACCAGAGUUUACCUUGUAUGACAGACAAUACCAGGUGUUUGUUCAUGCCAGUGUUGCUGAUGACCGGCUUUACUUUGUCGAUGGGCAAUUGCUAAGGCGCUAA